AUAGCUAAAAAGUAGAAUUAUAAUUCGGUACUAAUAAAUAAACUAAAUAGCUAACUAUAUAGUUUUUGAUUUUCGGUAUAUUCUAGUUUUAGUAUAUUUGUUUAUAGAAGUUUAUCGUUUCCUUUGUUCGUACAAAGUAAUACGCGGCUCUGUUUUGUAGUGUAGUGAAGCAUCUUGAACGUUGAAGUAUACGAAUAUAAGUGGACUUUCAUAAAGGAAGAAAUCUAAUUACCAUAGCUACAUUGUUACCAAAAACUUUAAUCGCCUAUUUAAAGCAAAUUAGAUAUAAAGAUCAUACAAAAUUUGAGAUAUAAAUCACAUGAGUUUAAACUUGGAGGAAGUAAACGAAACUCAACAACUCAUGCACAAUGAAUGCGAAGAACAGAAAAUAUUGUCACAAACUGCUACAUCGCCGGUUACAAGUAAUAAAUUAUCCAGCGGAGCAGCAAGCCUUACAUCCAGAAAUCAUGGUCCUGGUCAAUUGUUCACAAGUACAGGCAAUAAUAGUGUAAACGAAUCUAAAUUAUCAUAUGUCAAUGAACGUAGAUUGCAUCGUGAUUACGUACGUUCCAAUUAUAAUAAUAAUAAUAAACCAAAGCAUAUACCAAAAGAGACACCUGAUGUUAAACAUAUGGAAAAAGCAUUACUAGAGCUACUAGAUGAUUUUCACACAGGAAAAUUAAGUGCAUUUGGCUCUGGUUGUAGCAUGGAACAAAUGAUCAAUAUAAGAGAUCAACAGGAGCAUUUAGCUAGAUUACAUUUUCGUUUGUAUGGUGAUGCAGAGAAACCCACCGAAGAUGGCUUUGAUAACUCGGAUUCUAAAGACAAAAUGUCCCAAUUGGUGCAAAGCUUAGAGCAAUUGUCGGCUUCCAUAGAACAUUUACAUUCAGAUGCUUCUGCCAACACCAGCAGUAGUAACAAUAACUAAACUUUUCAAAAGUUAACCUU